AUGUAAUAAAAUUCUUCUUAUGACGAGAAAAUUCAAAUGGAAAUUGAAAAUUAAGUAGAAUAGAGAGUUGAAUCAUAAGAGUUAGCUGAAAAUUAGAGAUUCAAUCAAUUUCAAACACCUCCAAAGUAAGAUCACUCUAAACUUGAAAAUCAAAUCAAUGAUUGUUAAGAAUCGCCUCGUUUUACAUGUGAUGUUAAAAAAAAUAGAUAGCCAACAGACGAAAAAUACAGUAUCAAUUUAAUAAAUGGAUAGAUUCUGAUAAAGAAGAUGGCACAUUAUAAAAGAAGGAUGAUUUUCAAAUAAAUAUGCAGUUAUUGAAUAAUUUAAUAGUGUAAGUAUAGGAAAGAUUACAAAAUCAAUCUCAGUUAUCAAUGUGUACAAUUGAUAUGAGUCAUUGCAAUGAAACAUAUAGUGAAAUUAAACAAUAGUUAUUUGAAAUUGAAAAAGUUUAUAGAAGUAUUAAUUAUAAAUAUUUAAAAAGUUAAAGAGGAAGAACUUUCAUAAAUAAAUAUCUAAUUGGAAAAGGAAUUUAAUACUUGUGGGAAUCAGAAGAAUUUGGAUCAAACUUAAAACUCUUAAUUGAAUAAAUCUUUCGAAAUAUUUAAAAAAUAUCAAUAACUUAAAGAGAUUAAGAAAAAUAGUCUUAUCAAAUUUAAGUAAAACUAUAUUAAAAAUUAUAAUCAAUUAAGAGAAGACUUUAAUGAUUUGAAAAGCACGGUUGAAUAGGAGCUUUCUAAUAAAAACCCAUUUUUUAAAGAAUAACAACAAGCGAUUUAUGAAUUCUUUAAGGCUUUUAAUUAAAAAUAUAAAUACAUAGAGGAAAUAUCAUUUAUGGACAAUAUUAUUUCAGAAUCGGAUGACUAGAAAUAAGAAUCUCCUAAAUUAAAAGAGGAUCAAAAUUUAGAUUCAUUUAUUUUAGCUUUGAUGAAAUAAUUCAAUAUAAAUUAAGGAGAUGUUGAAUAAAUUAAAUUAUAGAUUGUUGAUUGUGUAAAAAACUAAAAAGAACUAAUAGAACAAUAAAAACUUUAAUUAGAAAUAAUUCAGACUAACUAAAACUUAAGUGCAAAUCAAUAAAUAAACAAAUUAAAAACCAUAAAAGAUGAAUUAGAGAAUGAUAUAAUUUAGUUAAAUUAACAAAAGGAAUCUCAGCAAAAAGUUUUGGAUUAAACAAGGAAAGAAGCUUAAGAACUUAAAUAAUAGUUAGAAUUGAUAUAAAAGAUUGAUUACGUCUUUCUAAACUCUAAGUUAUUUUAAUUUGAAUAGACUUAAAUGAAGCAAUAAUAAAAACUAGUCUAAAUUACAUAGAUAAUUUUCUAGCAACUAAUGCAAUCUACAUCCUUUAAGUCAUAAAUAAAAGAAGUUUUAAACGAAUAAACUUAGUAUUUGAACUCUUAUUGUUGUAAAGCUACUGAAAUUAUUAACAAAUAAAGCUGGUAAUAGGAUGAAGAUCCAUUGAAAUAUUUGAAUUACCAUCAAUAGACAAUUUCAAAAAUGGUCGAUACAAUUUGUAUAGAAUACUCUAAAAUGAUAAAAUAGAUAUAAUAAUAAAGAGAAGAAUUGAUUUCUUAGUUAUGA